AUGGAGCGGCACCGGCCGCGGCUGCACCACCCAGCCUAUGGCUCCGCCGCCGGGGCCCCCUAUCCCUCCUCUGCCUUGCUCCGCAGCUGCCGGGAGAGCAAGAUUCAGCGCAAGAAGGGCCCCCAACACCCUCCGUUGCCUCGCGGGCCAGAGGAUCCUGGGGAGAAACGCCCCAAAUUUCAUUUAAAUAUUAGAACACUGACGGAUGAUAUGCUGGACAAAUUUGCCAGCAUAAGAAUUCCAGGGAGCAAGAAAGAGAGGACUCCUCUUCCCAACGUGAAGACUGUGUUUGCAGGCCAUGACUGCUCAUCAGCACCUUCAGAGAUCAUGGGAAGCAUCCGAAAGCCACUGUCAGAGAAUGAAGUCCUACAGCUUUUUGAAGAGAUGAUGGAAGAUAUGAAUUUAAAUGAAGAUAAAAAGGCACCAUUGCGGGAAAAAGACUUCGGYAUCAAAAAAGAAAUGGUGAUGCAGUACAUUAAUACUGCUUCUAAGACAGGAAGUCUUAAAAGCAGUCAACAGAUUUCACCUCAGGAAUUCAUCUAUGAACUCAAAAUGGGGUCUGAGGAUGAGAGACUUGUGACAUACUUGGAGUCCCUCCGGGUGUCUUUGACCAGCAAUCCUGUGAGUUGGGUCGAAAGCUUUGGACAUGAGGGACUUGGAUUAUUACUAGACAUUUUGGAAAAAUUGAUUAGUGGAAAAAUCCAAGAAAAAGUUGUAAAGAAGAACCAACACAAAGUCAUACAGUGUCUAAAGGCCUUGAUGAAUACACAGUAUGGUUUAGAAAGAAUUAUGAGUSAAGAAAGGAGUCUUUCCUUAUUGGCCAAAGCCAUGGAUCCCAAGCACCCCAGUAUGAUGACAGAUGUGGUUAAGCUCCUUUCCGCUGUGUGCAUUGUAGGAGAGGAAAGCAUCCUUGAAGAAGUUUUAGAAGCUUUAACUUCAGCUGGAGAAGAAAGAAAAAUUGACAGAUUUUCUUCUAUUGUGGAAGGCCUUCGGCAUAAUUCAGUUCAACUGCAAGUAGCUUGUAUGCAGCUCAUAAACGCCCUUGUUACAUCUCCUGAUGAUUUGGACUUCAGGCUUCAUAUCAGAAAUGAAUUUAUGCGUUGUGGAUUGAAAGAGAUAUUGCCAAGUUUAAAACGUAUUAAGAAUGAUGGCCUGGAUAUCCAACUUAAAGUCUUUGAUGAGCAUAAGGAAGAAGAUUUGAUUGAGUUCUCUCAUCGUCUGGAAGAUAUUAGAGCUGAACUUGAUGAAGCAUCUGAUGUUUACAACAUGGUAUGGAACACAGUUAAGGAAACCAGAGCAGAGGGAUAUUUUAUUUCUAUUCUUCAGCAUCUUUUGCUGAUUCGAAAUGAUUAUUUUAUAAGACAACAGUACUUCAAAUUAAUCGAUGAAUGUGUAUCCCAGAUUGUAUUGCAUAAAGAUGGAAUGGAUCCAGAUUUCACAUAUCGAAAACGAUUGGAUUUAGAUUUAAGUCAAUUUAUUUUUGUCAAUGCAAUUUUAGAUGUUUGCAUAGAUCAAGCAAAACUAGAAGAGUUUGAAGAAAAGGCAUCAGAACUUCACAAAAAAUUUGAAAAAGAGUUUACUGACCACCAAGAAACUCAGGCUCAAUUGCAAAAAAAAGAAGAAAAGAUUAAUGAGCUUCAAGUGCAAUUACAAGCUUUUAAAUCCCAGUUUGGUGCCUUGCCAGCUGAUGUCAGUAUUUCUUUGCCACCUUCAAAAGAAGAUGGAGCUGGUCUCCCACCACUUCCUGCUCCCCCUCCAUUGCCCUCUUGUGGAGGGUUGCCACCUCCACCACCCCCUCCACCACCACCUCCACUCCCAGGAAUGCCCUUGCCAUUUGGUGGUCCUGUGCCUCCACCUCCUCCUCUGGGCUUUUUUGGUGGUAGAAACUCUCCUCCUCCACCAACACUGCCAUUUGGGAUGAAACCAAAGAAAGAAUUUAAACCUGAAACCAGCAUGAGAAGAUUGAAUUGGUUAAAGAUCAGACCUCAUGAAAUGACUGAAAACUGUUUCUGGAUAAAAGUAAAUGAAAAUAAGUAUGAAAAUAUGGAUUUACUUUAUAAACUUGAGAAUACUUUUUGUUGCCAACAAAAAGAGAAAAGAGAUGAAGAAGAUUUUGAAGAGAAGAAARCUAUUAAGAAAAAGAUUAAAGAACUUAAAUUUCUAGAUUCUAAAAUUGCUCAGAACCUUUCAAUCUUUCUGAGCUCUCUUCGGGUGCCAUAUGAGGAAAUAAAAACGAUGAUAUUGGAAGUGGAUGAAACACAGUUGGCAGAGUCUGUGAUUCAGAACUUAUUAAAGCAUCUUCCUGAUCAAGAGCAAUUAAAUUCCUUGUCUCAGUUCAAGAGUGACUAUAACAACUUAUGUGAACCUGAGCAGUUUGCUGUUGUGAUGAGCAAUGUGAAGAGACUGCGGCCACGGCUCAGUGCUAUUCUCUUUAAGCUUCAGUUUGAAGAGCAGGUGAACAACAUCAAACCUGACAUCAUGGCUGUCAGUACUGCCUGCGAAGAGAUAAAGAAGAGCAAAAGCUUCAGCAUGUUGCUGGAACUUGUAUUGCUAAUGGGAAACUACAUGAACGCCGGCUCCCGGAAUGCUCAAACCUUCGGAUUUAACCUUAGCUCUCUCUGUAAACUAAAGGACACAAAAUCAUCAGACCAGAAAACAACAUUACUUCAUUUCCUGGUAGAAAUAUGUGAAGAAAAGUACCCUGAUAUCCUGAAUUUUGUGGACGAUUUGGGACAUUUAGACAAAGCUAGUAAAGUCUCUGUAGAAAUGCUGGAAAAGAAUUUGAAGCAGAUGGGAAGGCAGCUUCAACAGCUUGAGAAAGAUUUGGAAACCUUUCCCCCUCCUGAGGACAUGCAUGACAAGUUUGUGACAAAGAUGUCCAGCUUUGUUAUCACUGCAAAAGAACAAUAUGGMAAACUUUCAAAGUUACUUGAAAACAUGGAAAAAUUGUACCAGAGUAUAAUGGUAUAUUAUGCCAUUGAUAUGAAGAAGGUAUCUGUGGAAGACUUUUUUACUGACUUAAAUAACUUCAGGACUACAUUCAGGCAAGCAAUAAAGGAGAACAUCAGAAAAAGAGAAGCAGAGGAAAAAGAAAAACGUGCCAGAAUAGCUAAAGAAUUAGCAGAGAAAGAAAGACUUGAACGCCAGCAAAAGAAAAAGCGCUUACUAGAAAUGAAGACUGAGGGUGAUGAGACAGGAGUGAUGGAUAGUCUGCUGGAGGCCCUGCAGUCAGGGGCUGCCUUCCGCGACAGAAGAAAAAGAACACCGAAGCCGAAAGAUAUUCGGCAAAGUCUCAGUCCAUUGUCUCAGAGGCCUGUUCUGAAAGUUUGUAACCAUGAAAAUCAGAAAGUGCAGUUGACAGAAGGGUCACGUUCACACUACAGUAUCAAUUGCAACUCCACAAGGACUACAGUCGCCAAGGAGCUUAAUUAUAAUCCAGACACUCGUACGUCUACAGAGAGGAUCAAGGCAGUUGAGAAGAAGGAAGCCUGUAAUGUAGAAAGCACCAGAAAAAAGGAAAUGGAACUUCUUGGCUCUGUUUCUAAAAACGAAUCAGUUCCCGAAGUUGAAGCCCUGCUGGCAAGAUUACGAGCUUUAUAAAUUAAACUGGCAAAAAAAUGAUUAAGCCAAAUAUA